UGUGUUCUUCUGUCCGGGUUAUGGCGUAUCUUAGGGGUGGACGGCUUUGGGUCCGCGCUGCGGUCAUUUUUAUUGUUUUUAUGGGGACUUUCGCUCAAGUUACGUUGCCGAAAGAGUCCAUGCAAUCGAAUAAUAAAUGCCAGGUUUACGAAAAAUUACCGUGUGGCGUCCCGGCUAUUAGUAGCACCGAUUGCGACGCUUUAAACUGUUGUUUCGAUGGUCAGACGUGUUAUUACGGGAACGCAGUAACUGUGCAGUGCACCAGGGACGGGCAGUUUGUAGUUGUGGUGCCCACAAGUUCCACUGUGCCCCAGCUGGAUGUGGGUUCCCUUGCGUUGCAGGAUGGGAAACAACAAGCACCUUGUCUCCCUGUUAAUACUACCAACUAUUUUGCCAUCUACAACUUCCCAGUCACUGCCUGUGGCACUACAACUACUGUGCAGGGAGGUGCUGUAGUGUAUGAGAACAAGAUGUUCUCCUCUUAUGAAGUUGUGGUUGGACCCCUAGGCUCCAUCACAAGAGGCUCAAUCUUCAUUCUGCUGUUCCAGUGCAAGUACAAUGGCUCGGAUGUGGUCUCCCUGGCGGCUGAGAUCAACACGGUGCCGCCACCCCUUCCAGUAACUGCUCCAGGGCCUCUGAGGGUAGAGCUGCGGAUUGCCAAUGGCCAGUGUGCCUCAAAAGGCUGCAGUGAAGGAGAAUCUGCUUAUACAUCAUACUACCAGGCAACUGACUACCCUGUUACCAAGGUGUUGCGGCAGCCUGUGUAUGUUGAGGCGCACAUCUUGGAAAGGAUGGACCCCAACAUUGUCUUGCUUCUGGAGAGCUGCUGGGCCACAAGCACCCCUAACCCCCUCAGUGUACCCCUAUGGAGCCUCUUGGUUAAUGGGUGUCCCAACCAGAGUGACAAGUACAUAACCACCUUGGUUCCUGUAAAUGCAUCUUCUGGGCUUCCCUUCCCAACCCAUUACAAGAGGUUUGUCGUCCAGAUGUUCACCUUUGUGGAUGCUCUCUCCACUGCAUAUCUGAAGGAGAAGGUAUUCAUCCACUGCAGUACUGUAGUGUGCACCCCAUCUGCCACAGACAGCUGUGAGCAGAGAUGCUCCCGGAAACGGAGAGCUGUACGACGCAUCCCCAGCCGUGAGAAGAUCCUGGUCUCCAGUGGCGAGUUCAAUGUUGUGUUUGAGCCUCCAGCCCCAGUGAAGCAACAGAAUAAUGUGCCCCAGUCACUUGGCUAUACCAUGUGGGGAAUGGCAGGUGUUGCUGUGCUGGGAACAGUGGCCUUGGUGGGAGCUGCUGUUUGGCGUUCACAACAUCGACCACGGCAGUAAAAUGGAUAUGAAUGUCAAUAAAUGAGCAUUUCCUUUG